GCUUCUGCCAUAAGGGGGGAUCCGAUGAAUCUUAUGAAGAGGGAGCCUUGCCAGACCUGCUGUAUUUAAAUCUGCGUCCCAGGAAGCAUCUGUGUUACAGUAUAUAGAUUCCGUGCUUCUCUUCGUUGGGAUCAAAGUCGAUUUACGAGUGGCUUGGACGGCAAAUACCUUUCCUCGGGGGAGAUUCCUUCCUCGAGGUCCAUAUCACCCAAAGGAUCCAAGGGGAAUGAGCUUCCAAACUUUGAUUGCAAAGGAGCAGGUGAAGAAGAGGUGUAGUGCAGUUUCCUGCACUUUGCUUCUAUUGUCUCCUGUGGGAAGAGCAUCACUGAGAAUGGACCAGAGGAACACUUGCAUCUUUGGGGACGACUUGAUAGACCAUACGUCCUUCCACCAACUUAUUUCAACUUAUCUGGGUGAGAGAUAGCUGAGGCCGAGUGAUAACCUAAUCUAGUGGUGUAAAUACCAGAUUGUAAAGGUUGCCAGAUAUAAACAUCUUCCAUUCCAGUUUCACUCGGCUGGAGUUGUUGUAUCUGGUGUGCGAGAUCAGGUCUAUCCUUUUCUUAUUCCACUGGAGAUCAGAAACUCGUAGGUCGCUAGCAUCUUCUGUGAUUGGGCCAUAUGGUAUGGUUUGAUGUUGCUUGAUAGAGAUAUCCAGGAGUCCUUCCAGACUCUUGUACUUUGUCCAUUUAUAUUGCUAAUCUAUGUUUCCAUAUAACAUGACACAAAUAAAGAUGCAGAUUUCAAGCUCAACUGGAAGCGAGUAGCUAUCACAAGCAUGUUUGGACUUUGGUUUUGUUGGUACGGAGGCCUUGAUAAAUUUAUAAAACUGAAGCUUCGAUAUGUUCCAAAGUCAACACGUUUUGUGGCACAGUGGCAGCCAAAGUGGCAAUUGAUGGUCUUAUCUUUGGCCCCAUAGAUCUACUUAUAUUCUUCACAUAAUGGGACAAGCUACGGGCAAGAACACAUCUCAAGUUAAAGAAGGACUCAAGAGAGAUUUUCUACCAGCUAUAGCUCUUGAAGGCGGAGCAUGGCCGCUUCUGCAGAUCGCAAACUUCUGAUACGUUCCCGUUCAAUACCAGCUACUUUACGUCAACAUCUUUUGCCUGAUAUAUUGUUUUAGGAGAUGUUGAAGACCGAAAGAGAAGUAAGGUUUGUUAGCUGAAGAGGUAUGUUUCCAUGUACCAUCUGAAGCUACUGCAUACAACACUGAUGCAAAUGUCUCAACCCUCCAAAUAACUCAUUCUGCCAACGGAAACUGAUCCUGUCCCUCCUAUAAGCUCACCAGCAGAUAAUUCCACAUCUAUUAGCGCUUCUCCAUCUGAUAUAGUAUGUGUUCCGGAAACUACACAAUUUAACACGGAUUCUGGUUUCAUUGGGAACAUCACUACAUCAACUUCUGUUUCACCUACUUCUUCUGCUCCUUUAGUCUUCGCUGCUGCAGGUACACUAUCACUGUCUACCCCUGUGGUGGAUUUGAAAUGUAAAUCCAGUGUACAUGGCCUCCGAGAUAGUUGCUUACAGUUAAGUGAUGCAAAAGGAUCAAACAGAUUCGCUAAUCUAGCCAUGUUAGAAGAAGAUAUACAGCUGGAUGUUGUGACCUCCCCCUCUCAGUCUAUGUCCCCAUCAGUCGAAACCAACGCUCAAUUUUUUUAUAACUCUUCCCUGCCUUCAACGCCAUCUUCAUUUUCAGAACUUUUUGUGGACGAUGUUGUGGCUACAAGCUCCGAUAGUUUUGUUAUGGCGCAAAGAUCUCGUGGAGAUCGUAGUAAAUAUGAAAUAAUCUUUUUUUUUUCUUAAAUUCCAUCCCUUUAGAUGGUAUUUUGUUCUAUUGGAUCUGAAGGGUGAAUGAUAGUUUUUAGAGACCCUAGUUUUUAAUAAUCCAAAAUAACUUUUGAUGAAUCUCAUUGAUGAAAUCCAUAUUUUCCGAUAAGAGGUGAUUUAAUAGGGUUUUUAUAAAUGAUACAUCCAAUAAGGUAGGAUUUGUAAAUUUUUUUAUAAUUACCUAAUCCAAUAAGGGAGAAUUUGGCAAAAACUUAAAAUUUUACGAAAUCCCUAAUCCAAUUAUAUUUUUGAUUUUUGUUUGCUUUCUACGAUUCUCAAGAUUGUAGUAUCAUUGCUAUAUCUUAUCAAGUUGUUAAUCGGUAUAAAUGAUUCACAAGUUUACGAAUUUCUAUCACAAGUUCACAUCCCAAGAUCAUUAUCAUAUGUGACUUUUUAAAAUAUAUUAUGGAAAGUUUUGGUAAUUUCAUCUGCCUUUUUUAUUCAAUCAUCAGGAAUGAGAAUACACUAUGGUAAUUUGAUUCACUAAAAGAAAAUUCUUAAAGCACAGAAAAAUUAAUUACUUACUGAAAAUAAUUUGGGUUUCUCUAGAAUCUCUUGUAGUAGGUAACCUUUGGUUCAAGAAUUUAGAGGUUUUCCUCUAAUGCUAAUAUAGGCUCAAAGUUUCGUAUAUGGUUUGAUCCUUUGCGUUGUAAGUAAUACAUUUUGGUAAAGAUUCUACCUUUUUUGGGAACGGAUAUUACCUUAAAUUUUAAACCAUAAAAGAGGGUAAGUGGCAAAGUGAAAGAAUCAAGAGAAGAAUAUGGGGAAACAAACAUAUAAGCAUACAAGAAUACACUUUGCUUGAGAUGUUUAAAACGUGCAAUGGCUGCAAUACUUGACGAGAUGUAUCUAUGUAAUUAAAGGGAAAUUACAAAAAUAAAAAUAAAAAUAUCCUAUCGUAGAACGCUUAUAUAUAACUCAUGUGUGUAGUCACGAAUAAAAACUUAAACUCUAAAUAUAGUAUAGCCAUGGAACAUCCUCCACCUUCUCCACUCAUUUGCCCUAUCAUACGACUUCAAUACAGUUCUUUCUUUACAGAUAAAAGAGUUAAUGGAAGGUAUUUUUGCAUGAUUGACCAUUCUUAUUCCUUGAACGACGUCUCUUCACAUGAUGACCACCGCCUUGACCCCUGCCAUGUCCACCGCCUUGACCCCUUAUAUUGGUGCAACAACAAAAAAUCAAGAGAUGAGCCUUCUUGGUGUGGUGUGGUGUUUGUGAAUGUAAGGAAUCCAGUACAACCUAUUACCUUUGCAUUAACUGCAACGUAUCCUACCACAAAGAGUGCAUCGAGUCUUCGCCCUCUAAUCAAAUCUCCCCAUCACCCUAAACACAGUCUCCAACUUAUCAUGCCUAGUGAGCCAACUAUGUCCCCUAGAAAGAUUGAUUUGAUAUGUGAUGUUUGUGGGUUAGUUGAUAGCAAAACUCUCAUCUACGUUUGCCUGGAAUGUGGUUUUGUUGUCCACACAAAAUGUAUCUACUUACCGUUUGUCAUAAAAAUAUCCAGUCAUGACCACCAUCUCUCUUUUAUGUAUUCUCCUUCUAUAAUAUUGUCUUGUGGAGUUCGUCAUCAAAAGGUUGACGAAAAUUAUAGAAAAUAUUAUUGCACGAAAGAUUGCACUUACAUAGUGCAUUCCAACUGUGCAACUUGGAAAGAUGUGUGGGAUGGAAAAGAGCUCAAGCAAGAACCAGAAGAAGAAUAUGAAAAUUUAAAUUCUUUUGAAGUGAUAGGUGAUGGAAUUAUACAACAUUUACGCUAUUCACAUUGCAUGAGGUUUGAAAAGAAUACCAGCAAUAUAUUAAUGUAUGAUGAAAAAGACAAAUUUUAGGCAUGUGUACUUCCUGUUUAUGAUGGCGAGAUUUACAAAUGUAUAGAGUCCACGUGUGAUUUUGUACUCCAUGAAGCAUGUGCAAAUCUUCCUCGGACAAAACAUCAUAUGGCACAUCCCUAUCCGUUUAUUCUACAAGUGAGUGACACUGAAGUUUUCUCUUGCGGAUAUUGUAAUCGUUUUUCGUGUGGUUUCAGAUAUGUGUGUUCCGAAGGGGGUGAGUCUAUAAAUUUAGACGUGCGAUGUGCUGCAAUAUCUGAGCCAUUCGACCAUCAACUUCACCCACAUCCUUUGUUCCUAAGCAAUGAACUUGGAAUAUAUAGACCAUGUUCAAUGUGCGAGAAAAGCAGUUUUCGAACUUUGAUCAACUGUAUCGAAUGUGACUUCUCAUUGUGCUUCUAUUGUGCUACACUCCCAUAUAAAGUGAGAUAUGAGCAUGAUGAACAUUUGCUUAUCUUUUCUUAUGAAGAGAAUGCAAGUCUCAAUUGUUGUGAGGUUUGUGAGGAAACUUUAGAUUCAUACAAAUGGUUUAUACAUGUAAAGAAUGUGGAGUCGCAUUCCAUAUAAAAUGUUUGUAAGAACCUUAUUUUACUACAAUAGGGACAACUGAUAUUUGUAAAAAUAGUAAGAACAUUAAUUAAAAAUAUAAUAACGAAACAAACGAAUAAAGAAAAACUUGCAAAGUCGAGAUGAUUAAUCUCUUAUCUUAAAUCUUUAAACGCCCCGUAGUGUGACGGUUUGUUGGUUUAACACCCCAAACCAAAGCUGAAAGGAGGAGUCCAAAGUUGAGUAUCUUUUUCACUCGAUUUCCUCAGAUUCUGUAGCUCAAGAGUUCAUCUUUAUAAAUUGUCAUGAUCCAGAACCAAAUCAAAGCCACUUCAUUUCUUCAUUUUAAAUCCAGAACCCAAUAAAGUUAGAAUCAUUACCUUCCUUGGAUCCUGAUGUUGUUGAUGUUGGGUUUGUAUGUUUCUGGAGCUGAAGAUGGUAAAAGCAAAUAUGAAGAUCAAGUAGAUAGAUAUAGCUUUCAUGGAGACGAAUCUAGCUGAAGAAGAAGAAGAGCGUGAUGAGCUUCUUCUGUGUUUCACCAUUUCCUCGAGGGGGACAAAGAAGCAAUCAAAAUCUACAACGCUCUCUUUCCUCAUACGAACAUUAAGCUUCUUGAGCAGUCUAAACCGGUUCGGUGUCUGUAAUUACCCGAAAAUUUGAAUUUAGCGUCCGGUUAUGCUUGGUUAGUACUACCAGUACAUUGUUUCUUUAACAACGGUGCUAUUUCUUAGAAC